AUGCCAAUAAACACAGCGACGAGCAAUCCUGUGGCAUAUUCAAUCGCCUCUGGGACAAUGAAAGCAUUUUCUAUCAAUUGGGGCUUCAAACGGGCUUUCAAUUCUACUACAGUGACUCUAAGACAAUGGCGUUUGGUUGAAAGUAGGAGAGUCGCUCAGCAACCGGAGUAUAAAGUUGGCGAUCCUAAACCUUUGUAUAUCCCCAAGACCAGGAAAAAGGCUCCAGACUAUAAAUAUGGGGAUGCUACCGUGUUCAAGCAAAGCAACAAGGGUCUGUAUGGCGCCUCGUUCGUGCAGUACGGGAACAAUAUCUCGGAGAGUAAAGCAAAGACCAGGAGAAGAUGGCUUCCUAAUAUCGUGAGAAAGGGUCUUUGGAGUGAAACUUUGGACAAGAAGAUCAGCAUCAGAAUGACAGCCAAAGUUCUGAGGACCAUAAGCAAAGAGGGCGGAAUUGACAACUAUCUAAUCAAGGACAAAUCUGCAAGAAUCAAGGAGUUGGGUCCCGCGGGCUGGAAACUGCGCUAUCAAGUCAUGAGAAAGAAAGAGGCCAGAACCAAUCCACCGCACAGGGACGCUCCUACCAUGGAAUUGCCCAAUGGUGAAAGCAUCAAGAUUUAUUUCGAAGAAAACUUGAACGGCACGCCGCUCAGGAUCACAGUCGGCAGAAGGAAACUGAUGCAACUGUUAUAUCCACUGGAGAAGCUAGAACAGAAAGCUGACAGAAGGCACAUUGAUUUUAAAGCCUUUGUCGACUCACAUAGAACGACCUCAGUCGGCGACUUGGUGGCUAAGUUACAGCGCUACGGGUUUGACCUCUCAACUAUCACUUUAUGA